GAGUCGAAUCGUGUUUCCUGGAUUACUUGGACUCUUUUUAUUAAAUAAAUAACUUAGAAGCUUCUUUCAAGAUGUCGAAAGUGACUUUUAAGAUUACGCUGACUUCGGAUCCGAAAUUACCAUUUAAAGUAUGCUGACGCUGCAGUGCUGAAGUUACUUCGUAAAGCUAUGGACGUGGUCGCUAAGCAAUUCAUUGGCCUUUUCCAAGAUUUUCUCCAACUCUGCCAACUUCACGACUGGCCUAACAAUGACACGUCUGAAACAGAAAUUAAAAAUGCAUUCUUUGUAGCCCAUCAUAUAGAAAAAUGUCUAGAUAAAUUUCAAAGAAGAAAUAUGAUCAGUGACGUCCUAUCCAUAUUGAAUAAUGAACAUGACAUGUCAGCCAUGGUGCUCAAAAACUGUUUCGCAGAUCCACCAAAAUGCAUAUUAAAGAAAAUUAUAACUUCCAAUACUAAAAUAACACAAAUGGAUUUAGGUUUCAAAAUAUUUCUUCAAAAUUUCUCAGAGGAUAGAUUGGAGAGAUGCUUGUCUGAGCUAAUGUUAGAAGCAGCUUCGAAGGAGACUCUUCUUAGAAACUUAUCUGUACAAAUGUCAAGAGACAAAAUAAUGCAGUUCAAAAGUAAUAUUCUAUUGAAUGAACUUAACAACUGUGAAGAUCCAAAGGAACCUAUAAUUACUAUGCUAGAUAACUGCACUCAGGAUACAGUUGAUUUACUAGUCUUAAGUUUAAUAAAUAAGGAACUGAAGUAUCAUAGUGCUGUUAACAAUAUUAUUAACACACUAAUAACAGUCAUGUCAAAACGAAAUCACAAUUACAAGCAAUUCUGGAAAUGUUUAAUCAAGGUGGAUGAGAAACAAUUUAUACAACUAUGUUUAGAUCAUUCUGAUUUGUGUAAAAUGAUUGUAAAAGCUCUAUUAGACUGUGGGAAGUUGCUGAAAGAGAAUAUGUCUUCAGAAUUCUUUUACAUAGAUCUGACAUAUUCUGAGCUAGUGGGUGUAGUGCAGAGGUUCUGCAAAGAUCGGUGUUUAAGAUUAGAGUUUGAAGACAUAGUUAGGAGUAGUUCUGAUGAUUGGAUGUUUUGGGAGAAUAUGUUGCCAUCAUGAUAAAUUUUGGUC